GCGUUGAUUCCCCCACUCUCAAUCCCAUCCACACUCCGUCGUUAUUUUCCGGGCCCACUUCACCAGCUGAAAAACUCACUUGACCCGCCAACGAACCAGGAACUUGUCAUCGACAUUACCCCCCACAGGUACAGUACUUCAUUUCCUGGACGACACAUGCGAGUGAUCCAUUGUAAACAAUCCUCGGAGUUCAUUGUUUUUAAAUCACGUCGACCUAACCUAAACUAGAGAUCGAAUCUCGGGUUCGAGAAUCGGGCUGAUCAAUCCGACAAUCAAUCAGCUGAUUUUUGUGUCUCACGAGAUAAGUGCUAAGUCGUUCCCAGUGAUUGUUGAAGCCGAACAAUCAAUCUGCAGGGAACCAUAGGAAUUUUGUGUGAAAAUUGACGAGUUAAGUGACAUGAAUUGAAGAAUAGCAUCAGCAGCAAUGGAAUCAGCUGAGAAGCAGACGUGCAGGUUGUGCACCGUUCAGGGAACUAAUUAUAUACCGAUUUUUCGGAAAGCCAAGGGGGAUGUGAUGAAGAUGAUCAGGUGUUUACCUGUUCAGAUUCGUUCGGGCGAUGGGCUUCCCAGCCACAUUUGUCCGGGUUGUCUAGAGGCUCUGGAGGUGAGCUACAACCUGCACAUCCUCUGCCUCAAGGCCAAUCUGGAGCUCCUGGGGAGAUCCUCCACCGAGAGAAGAAAAAUCAAUCCGGAGAUCCAGAGAGAGCGAUCUCGACUGGAAGUUAAAACGAGGGAGAAAAAAUCAAGGGAAAAUGAUUCUGACUCUGGAAAAGACCCCAUCAUCAUCGAGACUUACCACUUCCCCGAGGCGGUGUACAAUGACCUCUCGAAUCACAAGGAUUUCUCCGAGAUCUUCCAGAGGGUGCCUGAAGUGAAGCUCGAGAGGCUGGACGACACCACUACUUGGAAUAGUGGCCAAGAUGUCAACCACAAUGAUAUGUCAAUAGGUUUUCUCGAUACCCGGUGCAAGCAGGAACCUCUUGACAUCGACGAGGCUGGGCCCUCUGGGUGCGAGGAGCUGAUCGCUGCGACGGAGGUGGAGGGCGAAGACUCCACGUUCAGAAGUGCGAAAGCCCUGGCCUUCAGAAAUUCACAACGUACCUGUAAAAACUGUGGCAAGACAGUUCCAACGUCUGAGUUCCGUCUUGUCAAACGUAAGAAUAAUCGUAUCCGAGUGCGCGCAGAUCAAUGCAACAUGUGUGAUAAAAAAAAACCUAGGCUUAUCAGUCGUAAACCUAAGACUGUGGAUCAGACAUGCUGGAGUACGAAGCAUUCUCAGGAACCUGAGAGUUACGAGCCCAACAUUCUCGAGAAUUUCGAAGAUUUCAAGAAUUUUCAUGUGUCUAAUGAACAUUCCUAUGCUCGCUUUGCUCGUUCCUGUGCUCUCAAAACAAUAUGGAAACAACAAUUGGCCAGCGUAAAAUCCGAAGGCCACGAACAAAAGCCACGAAAGGACAACGAUCCAUCCCUGCGCUAUUGUUGCCGCAUCUGCGGGAAAGCCUGCGUGUCCGGCAUUAGACUGAAAUAUCACAUAGCCGUCCAACACACGCCUCCGGAGAGGUGGCAGUUUCACUGUGAUUUAUGUGGUGCAUCAUUUCCAGUUCGUGGUGACCUCCACAGACACCAAGCACUGGGUCACACUCACGAGCGCAAAUUUAUGUGCGACGUGUGUCCCCAGACUUUUUUGUCCUACAGGAGUCUGAAGGCUCACCAAAUUUUGCGCCAUAUUAAUUAUGUGAACAUUAAAACAGAGAGUUGAAAGGAACCCUGGGGCUUCAGGGGGAUAGUUUUGUGUUCUUGAAUCGUUGGGAAGACUUCCCUUCGAUCUCUACUGUUGAAUAGGCAUUUUAUAGAGAAUAACGAUAGCGGUAAAUUUUUUGACAAUUUAUACUGCCACAACCUAAUCAAAUGCAUUUGUAGUUUUAUUUUACAAAAUCCGAUAUUAAAGAAUAAUAUGUAUUUUCAAGCAAAAAAAUAUGAAAAUAAAGAUCAAGACCAUUUUUUAUA